AUGGCUCCACGGAGAAGGCUUGUUCAUAACGCUUCAUCAUCCCAACAAGCAGCAUCAUCAUCACAACAAUCCUCAUUCUCAUCAUCACAACGAUAUGUAAGGCCAACACAAGAAGAUCCCGAAGAGGAAGAAGAAGAAGAACAAGAAGAGGAGUACGAAGAAGAGGAAGAAGUAACCAGUACUCAAGCUCGGAAACGAAAAGGAGCAACAUCAUCACGUGGUGGAGGAAGAAAAAAGAAGAAAGCAGAUGAAGACGGAGAAUUUAAUGGUAAAGUGAAUGAUUUUGGAGGAACCUCUGAUGAUGAAAUUGAACAAUUGCUUGGAAAUUUAAUGAGAUUUUGUUUAUUUAAAGAUACCAACAAAUUGCCCAUUAAGAGAGACGAUGUGGCGACAGCUGUUCUCGGAGAGAGGUAUAAAAAACGAAAAGGUCUCCUCGAUCAUUUGAUUUCACUGGCACAAGAACGAUUUCUGAAAAUUUUCGGAUUUGAAUUGUUAGAGAUUGAUCGACAUGAUCCAAAUGCCGAUGUCACAACCAAGUCAACAGCUACUCAAACAGCAUCACAAAAGAAACAAAAGAAUCCAAAGAAAAAAUCAACAGGUAUUUGGAUGUUAAGAUUAGCUCCUGCUGAUAACGGACUACCCAUGCUGAGCAUGAGUAAAAAGGAGCAACGAGAAUCUAACUUUAAGAGUAUUCAAAACAAGAGAGAGGAAUUUGAUUCAUUUUCUGGAAUUGAGCAGGCUCACCUAGGUUUGCUGAUGGUUAUAGUUUGCCUUAUUGAAACUAAAAAGAAUCGUCUCGCUGAAGAAGAUUUGUGGAAAUACUUGAGUAGAAUGAAUAUUCAUAAGGGAAAAUCACAUCCAGUAUUUGGCUUGCCUGAAAAAUUAGUACAACAAUUUGAAAAGCAAUUCUAUUUGGAAAAAAAUAAGAACGAGCAAGCAAUGAAAACUCGCGACUCGAGCAGCAUUUUGUACAUUUAUCAACGAGGAUCUAGGUUGAGAAAAGAAUUGUUGAACUCGGAACAAAUAUUGCAUUUUAUGGCCGAUUUGACUGGCUUUCAACUUGAUCCAACCACGGAAAGAGAAUUCCUGAAUGCCCAUGGUAACGAUGAAGAGGAAGAUGAAAUAGAAGAAGCCGAAGAGGAACAUGUGGCACCAACACCCACGCCUCCACAACCUCAACAAGCUCAAUCUAGGUUAAUCAACAACAAUAGACGCUAA